CAGUCACGUGGAGAGCACAUGUGUUGACAGACAUUUUCAUCCCAAAACAGAAAUGCCGGCAAGAAAGAAGAAGUUUAUCAACAAGAAGGAUGCAGUUACAUUCCACCUGGUUCACAGGAGCCAGCAGGAUCCAAUGCUGGUCAGCACUGAGGCGUCACAGCAUGUUCUUGUAGAAGGCAAAGAAAAGCACAAAGAAAAUGAUGUUGAGGAGCGUCAUGAGGAACUGCGGAAGUUUGGGGUGUUUUUUGACGAUAACUAUGACUACAUGCAGCACCUUAAAGACACCAAUGAGAUCUACCAAGUGGAAAUGGUUGACGAAGGUGUGGCAGUAGAAGAAAACAAGAGCGCACCCAGGAUACAACUCCCUUCAAGUGCCCUUCCCUCAGAGUAUGAAAAGCCUGUUGGUCUUCUAAAUACAGCUCUUCCUAUAAGAGGGCCUCGGCCUGACUGGGACCCGGACAUUGUGGAGGCACUGGAUGAUGACUUUGACUUUGACAACCCGGAUAAUCAGCUGGAUGAUGAUUUUAUGCAGAUUGCAAACACCACCAAGAACAUUGGUGAAGAAGGAAGUGAUCUUGAAGAGGUCAGUGACCUUGACUCCAAUAUGGCUGACCUGUCAGACAACGAUGACUUUGAUGGGGACUUUAAAUAUGGUGACCAGAUGUUUAUGGAUGAAGAAACAAAAUCUCGAUUCACCAACUACUCCAUGUCAUCAAGUGUGAUACGACGUAACGAGGGACUGACGCUUCUAGAUGAUAGGUUUGAGAAGGUGUUUGAGGGGUAUGAUGAUGCAGAGAUUGGUGCCCUGGACUCAGAGGACAUAGAUGGAUCGCUGCAGCAGGGUAGCAUGAUGCUUGACUCUAUAGUACAGGAGUUUGAACAAACUCAGAACCUCAAAAAGCUGUCUGAAGUUGUGGAUGAGGGUGUAGGAGGUGGCGGUGGGGGUGGGGAUGUAGGGAGUGAGAGUGAUACGGACAGUGACACGGAGCUGGUCACUGUGGAGGUGCGGCCAGAAGAGAAGUGGGACUGUGAGUCCAUUCUGUCCACAUACUCUAACCUUUACAAUCACCCAAGGCUUAUAAAGGAACCCACAAAGAACAAGCCAGUCAAGUUGAAAGGGAAACUUGGUUUACCUGAGGACUCCAUAGCAUCGCGAGGUCUGACAGAGAAGGAUCUGAACAUGCUGAACCAGCGCGAGCCGAUGGACAAGGCGAGCACAUACAGACCUAAGGAUGAAACGGCACAGGAGAGAGCUAAUAGGAAGAAGGCUAUCAAAGAGGACAGAAGGGAAAGAAGACAAGAAAAGAAAAUGAACAAAACAGCAUUUACAAAAGAGAAAAUACGACAGGAAAAAGAAAUGAUGAACUUGAACAGUAAUUUAAAAGGAAUUAAAAUUGUGUGACAUUUGUGAUGCUAUUUGUUUUCUUUUUAAUAGUUCUAAGUUGCAAUAUGUUCAUGAAUUGAAAUUGAAGUUCAUUCGAAAUGUUUUAUAGGUAUUGUUUCAUAAGUUUAGUGCUUUAAGAAUAAAAAAAACUUCAAUAAGUGACCUAUUUAUUGUUCUUGCAAAUAUUUAUUGUUUUGACCAUAAAAGAAAGAA